UUUGUAAAGAUUCUUCUCUUAUCCAUUGAGAGUUCUCUCAAUUUAUUUUCUAUUUAAUAUAUAAUCUAUAUUUAUAUAAACACUUAUAUAUUAGUUGGGGGAGAGCUUGCCUGGUGUCGCCUUCUUCUCUCUCUAAGACUUGUGCUUAAUUUACGGACAUGUGAGGAUACUUGCUUUUGCCUCAUCAAAGGCCAUGUUAGCUAUCUUUACUUAUCUCUUCUCUUCUUUGCCGUGUGAGCUCUCAAAUCUUCAGAGAUACAAAUCAAGAAAGUGGUAAACCACAAAAGAAAGGACAAGUCUUUUUGGUAUAUCAGAUUAGAGAGAGAGAGAGAGAUCAGGAAAAAAUGUGGUUGCUUUGUGUCCUGAUUCAAGGUUGGAUGAAGUAAUCUGUGUGAUUGUGGUAAAUGCUUGCAAUGGAUUCUUUAACUGGAUACAGAAUGGAACCCAAAUGGCAAAUUGAUCCUCAGCUUCUCUUUGUUGGACCAAAGAUUGGAGAAGGUGCUCAUGCCAAAGUCUAUGAGGGAAAAUACAAGAAUCAGACAGUUGCUAUAAAGAUAGUUCACAGAGGAGAAACACCAGAAGAGAUUGCAAAGAGGGAUUCAAGAUUCCUAAGAGAAGUAGAAAUGCUCUCACGAGUUCAACACAAGAAUUUGGUCAAGUUCAUUGGUGCUUGCAAGGAGCCUGUAAUGGUGAUAGUUACGGAACUUCUUCAAGGCGGUACACUGCGUAAAUAUCUGUUAAACUUGAGACCCGCAUGUUUGGAGACCCGUGUGGCCAUCGGUUUUGCGCUUGAUAUUGCUCGUGGCAUGGAAUGCUUGCAUUCCCAUGGGAUCAUUCACCGUGAUCUCAAACCUGAGAACUUGCUUUUAACUGCAGACCACAAAACAGUAAAGCUAGCAGACUUUGGAUUAGCAAGAGAAGAGUCACUAACUGAGAUGAUGACAGCUGAGACAGGAACAUACCGAUGGAUGGCACCUGAGUUGUACAGCACGGUAACACUUCGAUUGGGAGAGAAGAAGCAUUACAACCAUAAAGUCGAUGCUUAUAGCUUUGCAAUCGUUCUCUGGGAGCUGUUACACAACAAAUUGCCUUUUGAGGGAAUGUCGAAUCUCCAAGCAGCAUAUGCAGCAGCCUUCAAAAAUGUGAGGCCAAGUGCGGAGAGCUUACCAGAGGAGUUAGGCGACAUUGUAACAUCAUGUUGGAAUGAGGAUCCGAAUGCUCGGCCCAACUUCACACAUAUCAUUGAGUUACUACUUAACUAUCUCUCCAAGGUUGGAUCUCCUAUAUCCGCGAUUCCACAACGGAUUCUUGCUUCAAAGAACACACUAUUGCCACCGGAUUCUCCUGGAACUAGCUCUUUGAUGGCUAAGCUUGAUGAAUGUGGGGAAACUCCAAAGGCCAAAAGUGAAGACAAACGAAAAGGAUUGUUCUUCUGCUUCAAUCAAUGUUAUUAACCUUCUAUCACAGAGUGGUUUUAGGACCAAAGAUUUGGUAGACAUCACUCAAAAUUGUUGAUGUAAUAACGUCUUCCCCAUCACAGAUAAACUCUAUAUGAAUUUAGCAAAAAAGUUCAUUUUAUAUAAAUAAAUAGUUAUGUAAUUGUAA